UCAGGGAUUUUAAUGAUGAUGAAAGAAAGCAGACUGGUUCCAGCAGGAGGCGUGUCGCUGGGCGAUGUCACAGAAGUAGCAGGGAAGAUGGCAACUCUCGCAUCUCUCACCCAGGUGGUGAGCGGGAAUCCUGUUUAUGAGAACUUCUACAGACAGGUGGAUCCUGAAAACACUGGCAAAGUAGGACCAACAGAAGCAGCGCUUUUUCUCAAAAAGUCUGGACUACCUGACAGUACAUUGGGGAAGAUUUGGGAUUUGGCUGAUCCUGAGGGAAAAGGCUAUUUGGACAAACAGGGAUUUUAUGUUGCUCUCCGUCUGGUGGCCUGUGCGCAGAGUGGUCAGGAAGUCAGUGUUUCUAGCAUCAACCAAACACUCCCUCCUCCACAGUUUAAGGAUACCUGCAGCCCCUCUUUGAGCAGCACAGCCGCUUUGUCUUGUGAAUUGCUGUGGGCUGUUAAGCCUGAGGAGAAGAAUAAAUUUGACGGGAUUUUUGAAAGUCUGGCGCCUGUCAACGGCCUUCUGUCAGGAGAGAAGGUCAGACCAGUCCUCAUCAAUUCCAAACUACCUCUAGAUGUCCUUGGCAAGGUUUGGGAUUUGAGUGACAUUGAUAAAGAUGGCCAUCUGGACAAGGACGAGUUUGCAGUGGCCAUGCACCUUGUGUAUCGGGCCUUAGAGAAGGAGCCGAUUCCAGCGCUUCUCCCGUCUGCCCUCAUCCCUCCAUCAAAGAGGAAGAAGAGCCUCUGCUCAGUGCCAGGUCCUGUUCCUGGACUACCAGCCAGCCCCCCACCACUAAAAGACUCACUACAUUCCACACCCUCCCAUGGCAGCAUGACAUCACUCAACAGCACCGGCAGCCUGUCACCCAAACACACUCUCAAGUCAGGACCGCAUUCACUGAACUGGGUGGUGCCAUUGUCAGAACGUGGUCGCUAUGAUGACAUCUUUCUGAAGACGGACGCAGAUCUGGAUGGCUUUGUCAGUGGACAGGAAGUAAAGGAUAUCUUCAUUCAAUCUGGACUGUCUCAGAACAUCCUUGCACAUAUAUGGUCUUUGGCAGAUACAAGACAGACAGGCAAACUGAACAGGGAGCAGUUUGCCCUUGCGAUGCACCUCAUCCAUCAGAAAGUAGGCAAGGGCAUUGACCCACCCCAAGUCCUCACUGUUGACAUGAUACCUCCGUCAGAGAGAGGAACUCCCAUACCUACAAUGUCCGGAUAUAUGACUCCAGUAGGAUCAGAGAUUUUUGCUUUGUCAGAAAUGAGAAGGGACAGCUCUAGUUCAGUGGGUUCUGGGGAGUUCAGUGGCAUCAAGGAGCUCGAUGAUAUUAGUCAGGAAAUAGCCCAGCUGCACAGGGAGAAGUACACUCUGGAGCAGGAUAUUAGGGAGAUGGAAGAAACUAUCAGACAAAAAAGUGCUGCGGUGCAGGAGAUGCAGAAUGACAUGGACAGAGAGACAACCAAUCUGCAGGAACUGGAGGUGCAGAAGCAAGAUGCUCAGGACCGUUUGGAGGAGAUGGAACAGCAGAAGCAUAAAUUGGAAGAUAUGUUGAAUGAAGUACACCAGAAGUGCAAGGAAGAAUCUCAAUUGAUCUCAACUCUUCAGAGACAGAUCCACUCUCAGGAGUCAGAUUUGCAAAAUCAGGAGGAAGAGCUUAGCCGAGCAAAGGCUGACUUGGACCAUCUACACCAGGAGGAGAGACAACUGGAACAGAGCCUGGUUACUGGCAAGAUUCAACUGGAAACCAUCAUCAUUUCACUGAAGUCAACUCAGGACGAAAUCAACCAAGCUCGCGGGAAGUUAUCCCAGAUUCAGGACUGUCAGCAGGAGAUGUCUAAAGGAAUAGAGCAGUUCAGCAGCACCUUAAAUGGUACCAAUGGAGGCAGUAUGACAAACCUGGCCGACAUGAGCGAAGGCAUCAAUGACAAAGAGAGCGGAGGCUUUUCAGCUGCAGAGAAGGGAAGACAGGAAGAUAUAUUCAAAGUUAAGCCAUCAGUGUUCUACAAUCAGCCUCAAGACCUUCAGUCGGACCUGUUCAACUCUGAAGACCCAUUUAAAACAGACCCAUUCAAAGGUGACCCAUUUGAAAGUGACCCAUUUGGAAAGGCACCAUCUACAUCGACAGAUCCCUUUGAAGGAGACCCAUUUAAAGAAGCAGAUCCAUUCAAGGCUUCAUCAGAAGAUUUUUUUAAGAAGACUACAAAGAUGGAUCAUUUUUCCACAACAGAUCCUUUUUGUAAAAGUGCCACUUUACCCACCAAGCAAACAAGUCACUUUGCAGGAAGUGACCCAUUUUCUACCAAUCACCAGAAACCCAGAGGAUCAGAUCUGUUCUCAACACUGGACCCCUUUGGGAGUAGUACGUUCAACAGCGCCACUAACAGCUGCACUGGCUUUGCAGACUUCAGCCACAUGUCAAAAGCCAGAGACCCCUUUGAAGGAAGGGCCAACUGGCUUCCAGAUUAUCAGAAGCCAGUGCUUGCAGAUGACCCUUUCACCAGGAAAACAGACAUGCCAGCUCUGCCACCUAAAAGAAGUAUACCACCAAGGCCCAGACCACCCAGCGGUACAACAACGCCAGUAAGCUUGAUUGCCACACCAGAUCCUUCCAAACCAUGUGACCCUUUCCAGCCUUUUGGUGCUGAUGUCAUAGACCAUUUCCAGGCAAAAAAAGGUCUAGGUGACCCGUUCAGUGGAAAAGAUCCCUUCAUCCCAUCAUCAGCAUCAAGUAAUGCUCCUAAAGAAUCUACCUCCGGUUUUACAGAUGUCAGUUCCGACCGGAUAAAGUCAAGUUUGGGAAUGAAGCUCAGCAACUUGAAUGGGCCAAGCGAGAGAGUGAGCGGGCAGAGCGAGAUCGACUGAAAAGGCUCAGACAACAGGAACAGGAGGACCUGGAGCUGGCCAUCGCCCUUAGCAAGGCAGAGAUGUCUAAUGCAUGACAUCUAAAUCCAACAUGCAUCUAACUCACAUGACAUUAUAAUAUGAACACAUCUACACACACACAACCUUGCACCACCAUACUUAACAUAUAGCUGCAAAACUUGUUUGGAUGCAUGACAAAAAAAGUGAUUUAAUAUACGACAUGAGGAAGAGGAACUUUUGUAUACACUGUGUAUUACCCCUUUAGUUCUGGAUAUCAAGACUGAUAUAUUAACUAAAUCAAGCAGACAAAACAAUUUACCAGGAUUUGAGUCUAUAGCAGCUCUUUUUUUUGGUACAUUCACAAUGUGGAAAAACAGCUUGUCAGUUCACCUGGCAUUGAGCAACAAAGAAGCUAACAGAUGUAGAUUCAUGUCAUAGUGACCAACUGAAGUGGAGAGUGUUUUCUCUUCUAAUAUUUCAUAGAAUUUGGUAUUUAGUAUUUGUGCAUAAUGCCACAAAAAUCAUUUAACAAAGAAAUGAUCAGGUUUAAGAAAAUUAGAUGAUCACCAAUAGCAAUCAGUAAGACAUAACUAAGAGGUAAGAUAUCAAGAUUUUAAGGACUCUAAAAUCUUUAUUUGAUGUACAGAAAUGAGUUAGAUAUUCAUUUUUUCACUCUGUUUUUAGAAUGCUUUCAAAAUAGUUUGAUAUUCCUCUUUGUGCCACACAAAAUUAGUAUAGAAGGUCAAGCAAGACAGAAUUGUUCAGAAAUUCCAAAGUACCAGAGCUCUCUAGAGACACAAACAGUUGAAAUCAGUUAUUUCCAUACAGCUGAGGAGGACUCCAGAGCACAAACCAGUCAGGUUGGGUUUGUGCCCAGGCCCAAUCUCAAUCCCGGCCUCAGGCCCAACUCAGGUUGGGCUUGUGCCUUGCAGUCCUCCAAAGCUCCAAAAUUUGUGAGAGGACACUAUAAGUAGGCAAGGAAAGUUUUACCCUAGGACACAAUGACUGAGAAGGACAGAGCAGGGGUCACUCCUGUGUUGUCCCUCCCACAGGUUAUUAGGCAAACUCAUACAUUCUGGGCCAACGCUAGUAGAAUCUGUUUUGUUAGUAUGACAAGAAUGAGGCAGGAAGUGAAGUUAACUUGUACUUUACUUCACAUCACAACUUCCACAUACAAAUUGGUUGAUAUGCUACACAUCAAGAUAACUGUACACAACAUCUCCACCUUUUUGAGGAACAGAAAAGGAAAUAAUCCAUCAUCAGUUGAGAUCAGAGAUUUGCCCAAAGCUUUAAACUUUUGGGCUGAUGUUUGAGAAGUCACUUUAAUAAUUCCGCAUCAUAUUGUUCCCUCACGCUGUUAUUUUUUGGGAUGUGCCCGAGCUCAGCCCAUCUUUCACAUCUUUGUGACUAGAAGAUGCUAAACUAAACAGUCACAGUAUUUUUUUUGACUUGCAUUUAGUCGAGUAUCGAGAAAUGUAAAGUUAAACACAGAGCUGGCACUAUAUUGGGAUGCUGUUCUCAGGCGUACAAGAGAAUGCAGCAAUGGCAAAACACUUGGACACAGUUGGAUCAGAGAACAGAACAUGUCUCAAAAAAGAAGGUAUUUGUCCCAGAGUUCAUUUGUAAAAAUAUAUUUUCACCUUUGGUGUAGAACUUGUGAAGAUACCAGCAUCUUCACAAGGUUUUUGCUUUUAUCCUGUGGUUGCAACACAUGUUCAUCUGUGGGACACAGAACCUCCUAUGAUGGUCGGGAUAUUUCGAUGCUGGACUUGCAUUUAAUAUUUGCUUAGAGAAAAAUUUCACUUUCAGGCACCUAGAAAUAAGUGAUGGAUAAACCAGACAUAGUGGGGUCCAGAAUUCUCAUAUUGUAUAUCUUGAAGAAUGUUUUUAGAUUUUAUCCUAAUGCUACACGAGUAGCAUUACUUGGGUUGAUCAGUAGUAUGAUGUGUUUGAAGUGAUGCUGAUAUCCACAAGGUGAUGGGCAGACUAACAGUGUAGUGUCAAGUUUUUUUCUGUCAGAACUUCUGACUCUGAAAAAGUAGUAAAAAAAAAACUUUUUUGAGAAAUUUUUUCUUUACUCUGGUGUUUAGCAAAUAAAAAUAAUUUUGGUUUAAAAAAAAGGACUGUUUAGUCUGAUUUAAUAACAUAAAUUAAAGGGGGGAACUUGUUUAGCAUCUUUUUGAAUGUAAAUAUCUGGUUUCAACUGUAUAUGGACUCCAGCUUGGCUGCAUCUUGCAACCCUCCCAGAACAAACUGGGACAUCAAAGCUGUAAACAUUUGUCAGCUCAGUCAUUUCCUUCACCCACAGCCGACCUCCUGAACCCCAGUCACCAUCCCUGAGGAUGACUCUCAUCGCUGCAAAGGAUAUCUUGGUUUCUAUACUGAACAUUAUUCAUGUGACCCACAAAAAAUGUUCCACGAGGGACGUUCCUCCAGCCUGGAGCUUUGCCCUUCACACUCCUAAGUAUUGCAUUCCAGAGUGGACGGUGUGUUCUUUGGCAGUAUUUGGUUUUUUGUUCUUGUUUCUCUGAGUAAACAAAGUGUGUAAACCUCAACAAGUUCUACCCUUUCAUCAGAGUUGUGACUUUUCUGCAGGAACUUGUAUUAGUUUGCUUACAUGCUGUAUAACCUGCUGCAUUGAAAUGACUACAACACAUAGUCCAGAGACUGGAAAUUCCAUCUGAGGUGUUUUCAGAUUGUUUUGGUGAUGCCGUGUAAUAUGAGGAAAACAUAUGCAACAGUAUGGUGGAUGUUGCAAUAUUGAUGUGAUUUGCAGUGAAAAUACAAAUAAGUAAACAGUAUUACCACUUUUGGUUCAUAGUAGUACUAGACCCCAAAUAAUGGGUCCAUUCAGUCUGGUCUGAUUCUGGGAAAGAAAAAAACAAUCAAUUUCAAGGUUUGGAAAAGUUUUGGUUUCCAGUUUCUUCUGAGUGUUAGCAUUGGAAUGUAUCAUGAAUUACCUCCCAACUCUUAACCUUUUAAAUCAUUACCUGCUGCAUGCAACAAAUGUUGCAAAUUACAUUACAGGAGUAGGGAGUCUGAAAGCAUGGUUAUUCAAACAUGAGCUAGAAUUCAACCAGUUCCUCACAGUACAUGUGAUAUAUAAUGUUCAGAUCUACUAGGUAGAGGUAGGUAUUGGGGAUGGUAGAUAAAAAUGCUAUGGUUCCAUGGUAUGUACAAAAAUGUAAAAUAGAAGUGUGUAACAUGAUCUUAAAACAGACGCAGCAAUUAUCUCUGCUUAGAUGUCGUUCAGCUAUAAUGUCAUUUUUUGACAAAAUAAGCACUCUCUGGAUUUAGUUUUUUUAUACUGCUGAGCUUAUGUUCCCACAAUACUGACAGUUUUAAUUUAUCUCAAAAACUAACUUAUUGCAGUAAAGAAUAUGAAUUUAAAUCAUUUUGGUGAGACAUGAAGAGACCAAAGACACCUAGAAGAGUUCAGGUGUCUUUCCUGGGUUGAUCAGUCUAUAAGUGAACAGCAACCUCAGAAGAAGGUUUUAUUACUUACUUUACAAUAUCUUUGUUUAUUAUUUAGCCAUAUAUUUAUCCCAUGAUGAUACCAAUACAUGAUUUGAAUUUUUUGCUUUUAUUAAUUAUUUAUUGAAAUUCAAUAAAACCAGAUUUACAGUGAGUAUUCAGACCCCUUUAAAUUUUUCACUCUGUCUAAUUGUAGUCAUUUUUCAUACUAUUUUUCAUGAAUGUACAAAUAAUAAUGGGAAUUAUUUUUUUCCCAUUUUUACAGAAAAAAAAACCAAAACAAAAAUGUAGAAUUUUUUGCAACUUUCUUAAAGAAAAACUGAAGUAUCACACAGUCACAAAUAUUCAGACCCUUUGCUCAGUAUUUAGUAGAAGCACCAUUUUGAGCCAUGAGUCUUCUAGGAAUGAUGCAACAAGCUUUUGACGCCUGGAUUUGGGGAUCCUCUGCCAUUCUUCCUCCAGAUCCUCUCCAGCUCCCUCCAAUUGGAUGGUGAAUGUUGGUGGAGCCACUUUCAGGUCUCUCCAGAGAUGCUUAAUUAGAUUUAGGUCAGGGCUCCGGCUGGGACAGUCAAAACUGGUCUCAGAGUUGUUCUGAAGCCACUCCUUUGUUAAUUUAGCUUUAUUUUAGUCAUUAUCUUGUUGGAAGGUGAACCUUUGGCCAAGUCUGAGGUCCUUAUCAAUCUGGAAGAGGUUUUCUUUCAGGAUAUCCCUGUACUUGGUCAUAUUCAUCUUUCCUUCAAUUGUAACCAGUUGUCCUGUCCCUGCAGCUGAAAAGCAUCCCAUAGCAUGAUGCUGCCACCAUGUUUCACUGUUUGGAUUGUAUUGGGCAGGUGAUGAGCAGUGCCUUAUUGUCUCCACACAUACCGCUUAGAAUUAAUGCCAAAAAGUUCAAUCUUUCUCUCAUCAGACCAGAGUCUUAUUUCUCAAAGUCUGUGAGUCUUUCAUGUGUUUUUUGGCAAACACUAUGACAGUUUUUGAUAUGUCUUGUUGACACUGAGGAGAGGCUUCUGUUGGACCACUCUGCCAUAAAGCCCGGCUGCUGGAGGGCUGCAGUGAUGGUUGACUUUGUGGAACUUUCUCCCAUCUCUCUACUGCAUCUCUGGAGCUCAGCCACAGUGAUCUCUGGCUUCUUCUUUGCCUCUCUCACUAAGGCUCUUCUCCAGUGAUUACUUAGUUUAUCUGGACGGCCAAAUUUAGGAAGAGUUCUGCUCAUCCCAAGCUUCUUCCAUCUAAGCAUUGUGGAGGCCUCUGUGCUCUUAGGAAGUUUAGGAACAAGGCAUAGAAAUGCGCCUUGCAGAGCUCGCUGGCAGUUCCUUCCAUGUCAUGAUUCUCAUUUGCUCUGACCUGCACUGUGAGCUGUGAGGUCUUACAGGUGUGUGACUUUCCUAAUCAAGUCCAAACAGUUUAAUUAAACACAGCUGGACUCCAAUGAAGGGGAAGAAUCUCAUGUUGGAUCGGAAUAAAUGGACAGCAUGUGAGUUAAACAUGAGUGUCUGACUACUUAUGAUAUUUCAGUUUUUCUUUUUUGAUAAAUUCGCAAAAAUAUUUGGAUUUCUAUCUUUUAUCUGUCAAAGAUAAAAGAUAGAAAUCUUUUAUCUUUGACAGAUAAAAGAUUUCUAUCUUUUAUCUAGAUAGAAAUCUAGAUAAAAUAUUUCUAUCUAGUUGAUAUUAUUAUGAGAAAUAAUAUCAACUCUUUGAUUUUAGCAAAUGGCUGCAAAGGAACAGAGGAAAAAAGGGGUCUGAAUUCUUUCCAUCACCAUAGUGUAGCACUUUUCAACCCUCAAAGGCUCACAAAGAAGUUUUUAAUAUUUGUGAAAAAAGAUACUUUAAACCUCUAAGCCUAGAAAAUUGAAGUAAAAGGACUAAUAUAAUAGAAUGAGUGAUUUUCCACAUUUUUGUCCUCAAAGUCAUCAGGUGUGACACAAAGCUGAUGUAUUGUAACCAGAUUCUCAAAUGGUAAAAAUAGUUAGCUAUACGUUUGUAUAUUUGCAUAGCCAUAUUGUCUUUUGUGGUUAAUUUCAAUUUUUGUUGUAUUUUGUUUUAAAUUAUGCUGCUUGCCAGCUGAGCUAACUUAUUGACCAGCAGUAAACUAAAGUGUAUUUUGUACUUGAAUACUAAGUGUUUGCAUUUUUCUUGUCCUUGCUGAUUGUGCUGUCUGAGUCCAAUGUGCACCUGUAAGCAGUUUACAGGAGGAGUGUCGUUUUGUCCAAUACUGACUGGUGUGUUUGAAUUUUCGGAAGGAUCGCAUCGCAUCGCAUCGCAUCGCAUCGCAUCGCAUCGCAUCGUCACCUUGAGAACAUCAUUGAGUCUUUACUGAAACAUUCUGCUACGUAAAAACAUCAAUUGGAUUUUGCAGAUUGUGUAUCAUUUGAGCUCAAGUUUUUCUCAUGGUCAUGAACUGGUAAGACAAAAGGAUAAAAUAAAGGUAAAAAUUAACUUAUGCAUACCACUUAUUAAAACUGUGAACUUGCACCUUCAAAUUGUUGGAGUUUCAAACCAAAAACUGAAAUUAAUGUUAUGUUUUAUUGUUGGUCAUAGUUACUAAUUACUAAUAAACAGAAACAAAAAGAGACUAAUAAUUAUCAAACAUUUAAGCAGAUAACAUAUUUUGCUGUAUGGCAUAUGCAGAAAUUGUUGAAGAAAUUAAAUGUUACUGAACAUUU